GUAGCCGUUAGCUUCCAGCCGGGAGACGGAGCUCCAGGCGGGACAGCGAUGGGACGUAGCCGAGAUUUAUUGCCCAAAAAAUCAAAAUAAACCCCGGGUUCAGCAGCCGGUGAUGGACCGGAGUUAGUUUCGGUGUUUUAUUGCGUAUUCCCCGUUUGUUUGAGGAGGCUAGAAGCGUCGGAAAUCAACUUCACAGAGUUUGUUUCUUCACCGGGGGUGGGGGGGAGGAAGUUUGCUGCGGCGGCGGAGGAAACACAAUCGGAACCCGGGGGAAGGGCCACGAAACACCGCGACAUGGAGGAGUCCGGCUCGGCCCUGGAGAAGAAUGUGGCCGACCUCACGGUGAUGGACGUGUACGACAUCGCCGCGGUGGUGGGCCAGGAGUUCGAGCGGAUCAUAGACCAGUACGGCUGCGAGGCUCUGUCCCGGCUCAUGCCCAAAGUGGUGCGGGUCCUGGAGAUCCUGGAGGUGAUGGUGAGCCGCAACAGCAUCGGCCCCGAGACCGAGGAGCUGCGGCUGGAGCUGGACAAGCUGCGGCUGGAGCGGCUGGACCGGCUGGAGAAGGAGAAGAAGCACCGCAAGGAGCUGGAGUUGGUGGAGGACGUGUGGAGGGGGGAGGCCCAGGAUCUCCUGUCCCAGAUCGCUCAGCUCCAGGAGGAGAAUAAAAGCCUCCUCACCAACAUGUCCAACAAAGACCCGAUGAGUGAGGAGGACCUGCAGAGACACGAGGGUAUGACGGAGAGAGAGAGGCAGGUGAUGAAGAAGCUGAAGGAGGUGGUGGACAAGCAGCGAGACGAGAUUCGGGCCAAAGACCGUGAGCUCACGCUGAAAAACGAGGACAUAGAAGCACUCCAGCAGCAGCAGUCUCGCCUCAUGAAAAUCAACCACGACCUGCGCCAUAAGAUCUCGGUGGUGGAGGCUCAGGGGAAGCUGCUCAUCGAGCAGAAGGUGGAACUGGAGGCCAGCGCUCAGGCUCGGGGGCAGGAAGUCGGUGCCCUCCGGCAGGAAGUGACGCGCUUACGGGAGCGACUCCAAGGACCGAUGCCCGUCCAGAACCCGGAGGAAGCCUCGGCUCAGCCGCCCUCUCCCGCAGAGCCAGCGGCUCAGGGCUGGUCAGACAAACCCGAGCCCACGUUUCAGGUGAUGCAGGGCGGGUUUGAAUCUGCCCUGCAGCCGCUCCCUGGUUCCCUCAGCCCAGAGAGACACGAGGACGAGGACGAGGACGAGGAGGAGGAGGAGGCUGAGGACGAGGAAGCGUUGCUUUGGGAGGCGAUGUGCGAUGAGGACAUGCCUGCUGUGUUCCAAUAUUUCACCAAGGAGGCGCUGUGUGAGGAGGAGUCAGGAGGCCUCGACCCAAAGGACCCCAACAGGCCCCGGUUCACGCUCCAGGAGCUGAGGGACGUCCUCCACGAGAGGAACGAGCUCAAGGCCAAAGUGUUCCUGCUGCAGGAGGAGCUGGCCUAUUACAAGAGCGAUGAAGCAGAAGACGAGAUCACUCCGUCUCCGUCUCCGUCGCCCGAACUGAGGACUCGCUCUCGUUCUUCAGCUCAGCCGGAAUCAGGAAUCAGACGCUUGUUUAGUCUCUUCUCUCGGGACAAGCAGCGAAGCUCCCAGCGGAGCGGCCUCUUCGACCCCGGCCUCGGCUCCUGGUCUGGGAAAGACGACGUGUACACAGAACAAGCCCAGGAGGCGCUGCAGCACAUGUAGCACGUAGCAUGUAGCAUGUAGCCGCCUGCACCGGACUUUAAAACUCUUUAACACUCCAUCAAAACCCCCUUCCCUUCCCUCCCCAUCGCUAUGAUGACUCAACGCUGCAGCUGAAACAUCGUGUGUUAUGAGGUGAGGAAGAAGAAGAAGAAGAAGGAGAAGAAAUAUCUCAGUGAGAUGUGGCACAUAGAGACUUUUAAAUAUUCCCCCCCCAGAGUAUUGCACAGGAUUCAUCAGCAGAGAGGGUGAACUCAGGUUGAAGGACGGAGAGUGGGAAGUUGUUGCAGUGCAGGUGAGUCGACUGCACGGACGAAAAAAAGGCUGUAAAUGUCGAUUUAAACAUUUAACUGAGAGAGAAAGGAACGUUUUAAAGGUGUCGGAUUAAGGAAUAAUCCCUGCACAGAAUUCAGUCUCAGUAGCUUCCUGAUGAGAGCAAAACUUAUUCACUUAUUUUUAAAUUUCUGUCCCUGAUCACCAGCAUUUUACAAGUAAAUCCCGACGGAUGCAGCUCUAAUAAAUUACACGAGGCCUGUGUAUAAAGUGUUGCAUAGAACCACAGUUUAAAAAAGAAAUAUAUAUUUAUUUGUAAUAAUAUAAAGUAUAUGAUACAGAAUGUAUGGAAGCCCAUCACUGCCAAGAAAAGGAAGCACUAAAAGAAAAAGGUGAAAAUUAUGAGAUUUAAACUUUAAUUUAAUCGUUAUGAGAUUGUAAAAAAUCAGCAUUUUAACUUAAUAAUUUAUUUUAAUUUCAUAAUUCCUAAUAUGUUUCACGUAGCAUCUCGCGGUUUUGAGUCGCUCUAAUUUUCAUCAUGUUUCAUAAUUUUGACUCAGCUUUGCUAUCGCAUGAUAUUUAUUUAGUACUUCACAGUUUUAACUUAACAUUUAAUACAUUUGACGUUUUUAUUUUGUCAUUUUAGGCAUUUUCUUCAGUAUUUCAUAGUAUUGAUUUAAUAACACGUCAUAGUUUUGCCUUUAUUUUAAAUAUUUUUGAGUUAGCGUAAAUAUUACUGAUGAUUUUACUAUUAUUUAUUUAGUAUCUCACAUGUUGAUGAGUGAGACACGUUUUUUGACUUUGGGUUUAAUUUUGAUUUAGUGUAAUUUUGGCUCAGCGAGUCAUCGAAGUUUUAAUUUAGUUAAAUGUUUGUGGUGUUUCUUAAAACUGACUUACGAGGUAAUUAGUUCAACAAAUGCUACGUUCACAUGAUGAGCAGAAAAACCACUAAUCAUGGCCAACGUGUUGCUGUUGAGAUGUUGCUAAAGAACCCGUUGAGGGUUUGAUUUGCAUAUUUUGGUUUCUAUCUGAAGUUCAUUUGAUGAUUUUUUUUUUUUUUUAACCUUCAUUAGUGAAAAAAGUGACAAAAUGAGAGUGAAAUAAAAGAGAGACUUAAGAAACAUAAGAAUAAUUACAAAAUGAUUACAAACAAUAAUAGUAAUUACAUAAAACAAAGCAGAACUGUAGUAAUAAUAAAACAUUAUGCGUGUUUACAUUUGACAAAUCCUGGCGUUUAGACUUUAAUCAUAUUGACAUAUUUUACAUCUUAUAAUUUAAUUUAAUAACAGGUUAUUUUUUUUUCUUGGCACAAAUGGGCUUCCGUACCUCAGAGGUUAUUAAUGGAGUCAACACAAACAUGAACCCAGUGAAAAAGCAACAUGAGAUGAUCCAUAAUCUCUUCGCCCACACGGAGCCAAAACUACUGUUAAUCAGCUGCUUCAGCGUCACCAGCUUCAUAUUUUAUCACCAGACUGUACGUUGUCAGUAUUAAACCUGAGAGACGUUACCUCAAAGAUUCAAAAACAAUUCACCAGUGUUAUCAGACAAAAACAAAGAAUUUCACCUUAUUCUCAAACGUUUUCCACAAAUUUAACAUGUACACGAACCUUGAAUGAGUCUUCAGCUAAAUCAGAGAAUAUUUAUUUGUAUUUCUCACUGUUAAAAUGUAAAGAGCAAUAAUCUUUGUGCUUUUAUGCAUCAUUUAUACAAGGCCUCAAACACAAAAGCGUUAAAAGUGUUUUAUUAAACGUCUCCGAUUGCACAAAAGAAGGAAAGUGGUUGAAACAUAAAGACAUUUGUAAAUAACGCUGCUCUGUGUUUGUUGUUGCUGCUGCUGCUUUUAACGAGAACACGUGUUUCCCCCCGGAGGCGAUGAACGUCCGCGGGGUUCGAGCGGCUCGUCUCCAUUUCCACUUUUAAUAAAUGAAGACGAGGCCGAGGCCGAGGCGCCUUCUCUUCCUCCGCUCUAAUAAUCACUGAAUCAAAGGGAAAAGGAUUUAAACCGUGAAACAUUUAAAGGGAAAGUAGAGCCCACGCCACCGUCUGCAAACUCCCAGUAAAACCGAUAUUUAAGAGAUUUAAUGAAUGGAUCAGUGCUUUAUUCAUUAAUAAAGGUCUGUAAUGUUUGAA